ACGCCCGGUCCGAACGAGCCUCGGCCCGCGCCUGAGAUGUACUACGGCAAGGCCAAAGAGAACAAGGAAAGAUACUGCGAGGAGUACGCCAAGCUCCAUCCAGAGGUGGAGGACCCUAUGACCGAGCCGGUCGACGAGGUGGCGAUGAUGCUGGCGGGGUCCGGCCAGCCGCAUGGACGUCCUGCCUGCCUUGCUGGGGGUUUCAAGCCUCAGAGGAACUUCACGCAGAUCAAGGCUACCCUCCCCUCCGGCAGCUACGCUACCUCCUCGCGGACUACAUGCCGUUCUCGGGUAGAGGUUGAUACUCAGCUCGAGGAGGCCUAUGCAGUAGCUUACGAGGAGUAUCUCGAGAAGGUUAAGGAGCAUGACCUUGUGAAAGAUGCCUAUGUCCAGUGGACGAGCAACCAGAUGGCGAGUUUCACUCGGUUCAUGAUGACUGGAGUGCGAGAGGAACCACUCCCAGAGCCACCUCAUCCGGGGCCGACGCCAGUGUUCCCGUCCAAGGAGGAGUUCUAUAUCAUGUACAAGCGUCAGCGUCAGUUGACCCCGGGAUUGGGAGAAUCCGGGAACGACACUCCUUGUGGUACGCCGAUGCACCCCGGUCGCCAUUCUCCUGGUGCUUCUGCCGAACCUCGGCAUUUUUCUGGUUCCGGUGGCUCUCGUCGUGGUUCUACCUCCCCGAGCACCGUCGAGAUACAGCGGCCUCACUUCACCGACUCGGAGCUAGCUCGUCACUGUAGCUAGAUCGUCACUCGGGUGGUGCACCACCAUAGUUUCUACAUUGUACUAGCACAUGAUGACACGCUCCAUCUUUGUAGUGGAUCCGGUGUAUGUACCAUGGUCUUGUAUGCUAUAUUUGUGCUAUUUGUGAGAUUUGAUGCUAUAUUUGUGAGAUUUGGUGCUAUACGGUGAUAUCUUUGUGCUAUAUGGUGCUAUAUAUGUUACUGCAUAUUCAAUCCUAUAAUAUGUGCAUUUUGUGCGAUUUUCUGAGCAAAUGAGGCCAAAUUGGCAAAAAACAGAAAAAACUGGGCCUGGCUGUGCCGACGGUGUCACCGUCGGCACAGGCCCGUAGCUGUGCCAAAUGGCAGGGUCUGUGCCGACGGUGACACCGUCGGCACAGCCAGGCCCAGUUUCGCGCGGUUUUCCAGUUUGAACAGCCACCGUUUUGCCGCCAUUCUGGGAAAAAAAAAAAGUGUGCCGACGGUUACACCGUCGGCACAGCUGGGGACGUUGACGGCGCCGGCGUGACGGCUGGUUGGCUGUGCCGACGAUGAGGCGGCCGACGGCCACCGUCCAGCCGUCGGCGUACGGCUGUGCCGACGGUGAAGUUCUGUGCCGACGGUGCACGCGCAGACCCCGACGCCUGAUGUGCCGACGGGGAGACGCCGACGGUGACCGUCGGCAGAGACGGUGCCGACGGUGAACGUUGUUGUGCCGACGGUGCGGGGCCGUCGGUGUAGCUGGUCGUCCCC